AUGGAGACGAUCGAACGAUUGAGGGCGUUCGAGGAGUCUUCGAAAGGGCGGUGUCAUGACAAGGAGGGUGAGCCACAGCUGCUGUUCGUGAACGGCGAGCCACGGCUCACACGUGCCGAGUGGGAGGCUAAGGUUGCCGAAGAGAAGAGGAGCGGAGGUGGCUCCAGCAGCGGCGGCAGCGUCGGUUCGCCGUGGACUAUGGCGCCGCCGCCUCUCCUCGCGUCGCUGGUGCUCGCCGGGCUCGCGCUGCUGCUGGCCCCCGGCGUCGCGGAGGGCAAGCCCCACGUGAACCACGGCAAGUUCAAGGAUGGCCCGUGGACGGUCGGGCACGCGACGUUCUACGGCGGGCGCGACGGGUCCGGCACCACGAACGGCGGCGCGUGCGGGUUCAAGGACGAGCUGGCCAAGGACUACGGCGCACUGACGGCGGCAGUGAGCCCGGCGCUGUACAGCGAGGGCGCCGGGUGCGGCGCGUGCUACGAGGUGAAGGGCCCGGAGGAGGGCGGCGGCGGCGGCGGCCCCAACAAGUCCGUGGUGGUGACGGCCACCAACCAGGCCCCGCCGCCGGUCAGCGGGCAGAAGGGAGAGCACUUCGACCUCACCAUGCCGGCGUUCCUCCAGAUCGCCGAGGAGAAGGCCGGCAUCGUGCCCAUCUCCUACCGCAGGGUGGCGUGCGUGAGGCAAGGCGGGAUCCGGUACACGAUCACGGGGAACAAGAACUACAACAUGGUGAUGGUGACGAACGUGGGCGGCGAGGGGGACGUGGUGGCGCUGUCGGUGAAGGGCAACAAGCGCGUCAAGUGGACGCCGAUGAAGCGCAGCUGGGGGCAGCUGUGGACGACGGAGGUCGACCUCACCGGCGAGUCGCUGACGUACCGGGUCAUGACCGGCGACCACCGCAAGGCCACCUCCUGGCACGUCAUGCCGCGCGACUGGCAGUUCGGAAAGACCUACCAGGCGACCAAGAACUUCUAG